CACUCUGCCACGCUGCUUCUCGACUAGGGGGGAAGGGAGCAGAGAGGAGGCCCAAGUCCAGAUGGUUCUCACUUGCCAGGGACGCUGCCCCUUGUGAAGCUCAGCGAGUCAGGCUGCGUGGGGUGGGGGGGCCUGCCCCCCUCCCCCCUUCCUCUCCCUGCAACCACCCGUCCAUCGAGGGUCCGGUUGGAGGCGGUACCUGAGGAUGUCGCCUGCCCGCAGCGUGGCCCUGGCGCCCGGCGCCAGCCAUUUGGGGCUGGUCGUCGCCCUCCUGCUUGGCUGCGUGGCUGAGGAACUCCCAAGAUUCAUCAAGGAGCCAAAGGACCAGAUUGGCGUGUCGGGUGGCGUGGCCUCCUUCGUGUGCCAGGCCACGGGCGACCCCAAGCCACGGGUUACCUGGAACAAGAAGGGCAAGAAGGUUAAUUCUCAGCGGUUUGAGACCAUCGAAUUUGACGAGAGUGCAGGUGCCGUGCUGCGGAUCCAGCCACUUCGAACGCCACGGGACGAGAACGUGUACGAGUGUGUGGCCCAAAACCCUGUUGGGGAGAUCACCGUCCAUGCCAAGCUCACCGUGCUCCGAGAGGACCAGCUGCCCUCCGGCUUCCCUAACAUCGACAUGGGGCCCCAGCUCAAGGUGGUCGAACGCACCCGGACUGCCACCAUGCUCUGUGCCGCCAGCGGCAAUCCGGACCCUGAGAUCACCUGGUUCAAAGACUUCCUCCCCGUGGACCCCGGUGCCAGCAACGGGAGGAUCAAGCAACUGCGAUCGGGAGCCCUGCAGAUUGAGAGCAGUGAGGAGACGGACCAGGGGAAGUACGAGUGCGUGGCUAGUAACAGCGCCGGGGUCCGCUACUCGUCACCCGCGAACCUUUACGUGAGAGAGCUGCGAGAAGUGCGCCGGGUGGCCCCCCGCUUCUCCAUCCUGCCCGUGAGCCAUGAGAUCAUGCCCGGCGGCAAUGUCAACAUCACCUGCGUGGCAGUUGGCUCGCCCAUGCCCUAUGUCAAGUGGAUGCAGGGGGCCGAGGACCUCACCCCCGAGGAUGACAUGCCCGUCGGGCGCAACGUCCUGGAGCUCACAGACGUCAAGGACUCGGCCAACUACACGUGCGUGGCCAUGUCCAGUCUGGGAGUUAUCGAGGCUGUGGCCCAGAUCACAGUGAAAUCCCUCCCCAAGGCCCCCGGCACGCCCAUGGUGACGGAGAACACGGCCACCAGCAUCACCAUCACCUGGGACUCGGGCAACCCCGACCCGGUAUCCUACUAUGUGAUCGAGUACAAGUCCAAGAGCCAGGACGGGCCGUACCAGAUCAAGGAGGACAUCACCACCACCCGCUACAGCAUCGGGGGGCUGAGCCCCAACUCCGAAUACGAGAUCUGGGUGUCGGCCGUGAACACCAUCGGCCAGGGCCCUCCCAGCGAACCUGUUUUCCUGCAUCGAGCGGAAGGCCUCUUCAAGAUUGCCGCCCGCCCGCCCAUCUGCCUGUGA